AUGUACUCAGUUAUCGAAACACAGAAAGGAAAACCAUGUUUACUAUUUAAUGGCUAUCGGUAUUUGAAAGAUAGAACGCGUAAUAAUAAUGUCUAUUGGCAUUGUGAGAAUCGAUCCAAUUGCUCUGGUCGUGCUACACAAGAAGACAAUAGUGCUCCAAUUCUCACAGCACCACACAGUCACGAACCAGAUAAAAAACGUAAUGCCUGUGAAGAAUUUCGUACAAAAUUAAAACGUCGAAUACACGACGAACCAUUGUCUGUGAGAAAAUUAUUCCGUUCAGAAUUAAUAUCUACUCAGACAACAAAUCCAAGUGGUGUCUCGAUAUUGCCGCAGUUUUUGGAAAUUAAAAACUCAUUAUAUCAUACAAAAAAUGAAAACUAUCCACGUCUCCCAAAAUUAAUUGAUGAUGUGAAGAUUGAAGGCUUUCAAAAACAAUAUAAUAAUUCAGAUGAUAAUGACUUAGAAAGUGUUAAAACAUUAUUUCAACGUACAGCUGCAUUAUCAUUCAUGCCAUUAGAUGAAAUUGACGCUUUAUGGUGUUCAAUAACGGAUGAUUAUUCACAUAUAGUGAAUAUUACUUCAUUCUAUGAUUAUGUCACAGAGACAUGGAUCGAUAAUGAGCAGUCAAUGUUCGAGAAACCUCUCUGGAAUUAUUACGAUUUUCCUGGCGCCAGAACGAACAAUUCAGUUGAAGGAUGGCAUCAUCGGCUAAACUCACAAAUUGGUGUCAUCCAUCCAAAUUUAUAUUUAUUCAUUAAAGAAAUAAAAA